AUGCACCUGUUGAUUGAGGAAGACUCGACGCGUUUAAGAAUGAACAAAGUUGCUGUGAUGAAGUCUGAGCUUCACUUGGACGACGGCAGGAGAGCAGAGGAGAGGAACAGACUGAACUGUGCAGACGUACCUCAGACAAGUUUAGCAGAAGGACAGAGCGCGGACCUGCUGCGAUGCCAAGAGUCCACAGAACACAACUCUGCCAUGAAGUACAGAAGAUAUGGGUCCCGUCUGACUGGCGUAAAAGUUCGUCACAAAAGACAGGUGUUGCAGGACAUGGCCCGGCCCCUGAAACACUGGUUAUACAAACACCGGGACAACCCCUACCCCACUAAGACUGAGAAGGUCCUACUGGCUUUGGGCUCGCACAUGACACUAGUACAGGUUUCCAACUGGUUUGCAAACGCCCGACGAAGGCUGAAGAACACAGUGAGGCAGCCAGACCUGAGCUGGGCCCUGAGGAUCAAACUAUACAAUAAAUAUAUCCAGGGAAACGCGGAGAGGCUGAGCAUGUGCAGUGAUGACACUGACUCAGAGGAUGAAGAAUGUCCCUUACAGACUCCCAUCAGCCAGUCAAACUUCAGCAGGUCAUCAUCCCACAAGAGCGUGCUGGAGAAACAAGGCAACAUGCUCACCAUGGCUGACUGCGCCAACAGUGAUGACAGCACGUCCCCUCCUUCCAAGUACAAGAGCAGUUUACUGAAUCGGUACCUGAACGACACACUGCGGCACAUGAUGGUGGCGAAGGCCGAUGGCGUUGCGCCAGCCUGCAAGAGAAGAAGCCACUCCGAGUCGUUCAGUUCAAACGAAUGUGAUGGAGAUGUCGUCUCGCCGGCAUCGUCCUAUGAAACAGAGACCAACUUUGUCUACCACAUGGAUACAAGCGACUACAAUUCAACUAAAUGUGACAGGGACCAGCAGCCGCUCAGAGGCCAGCAGAGACAAGAUGACCAAGGCUGGAGGGAGAUCCACGCUGCUGUGGCUCUGACAAGCUUGGCCCAGGGGCAGAGCUGCACUGCAGACCAGAGCAGUGCUCCAGUGUCCAGCGCUGCCACAGGGCAGGGCUACACCCGAGGGCCUCUCUCUGUAGCAAAGACCACUAUCACAGACGGGAUGAGCAACACAGGAUCUGCCUCAGGUCUACAGCAGAGCUGUGCCACCGGGCCCGCUCUCACCAACCGCAUCAUCCAAAAAUCCUCUCAUAUCUCUGAGGUCCAGACUGUCAAAGUCUCACUGGCAAACAGUGUGUAGGCAUUAAACAUGUUGUUUCAUACAGGAAAACCAGACGUCCACGUGCCUUGCGAUAUAUAUAUAUGUACAGCCUCUGAGAUUUUUGUUUUGUAAUGCUGAUUAACUUUAAUGUUUGUAACCAUUUUUAACACUAACCUAAUGCUGUUUAUUAGUUGUUACUGUUUUUUGCUAUGUUCCUCAUGCCCCCCUCUGUUGCAGUAAGUUAUAUUAACUUCCAAGAGACUGGAUCAUCAUCCAAUGCUAAUGUUUGACAGCAGCUAUUUCAAUAAACCUAAUGUGAAAUCUUUUGAA